UGAAAUGUUUCUGUGCACCGCAGUUUUUAGUUAAUCUGUGCUGGUACUGAUAACUGACACAGAGCAGCUGUCAUGUCAGCUAUGGGGAGCAUACAGCAGAGAAACCUACGCUAUUUGGCCCUUGUCUUUUUCCUCCUGACUGCUUCUUCACCUGCUGCAGGUGUUCGGAUCAGACUAGCUGGGUCCGGGUCUACUCAGUGCUCUGGGAGAGUUGAAAUCUAUCACAACAACACCUGGGGAACAGUCUGUGAUAACAGCUGGGACUUAAAUGAUGCUGAGGUGGUGUGCAGACAGCUGGACUGUGGUGCAGCACUGAGUGCCACUCAGUCGGCCCGCUUUGGUCAAGGAACCGGUCAAAUCUGGCUUGAUGAUGUGGGCUGUUCAGGAAGUGAAAGGUCUCUAACUGAGUGUCGGCAUGGAGGAUUUGGGACACACAACUGUAACCAUGGUGAGGAUGCUGGUGUCAUCUGUUCAGAUGGUCAGAUCAGACUAGCUGGGUCCGGGUCUACUCGGUGCUCCGGAAGAGUUGAAAUCUAUUACAACAACACCUGGGGAACAGUCUGUGAUGACAGCUGGGGCUCAAAUGAUGCUGAGGUGGUGUGCAGACAGCUGGACUGUGGUGCAGCACUGAGUGCCCCUCAGUCGGCCCAUUUUGGUCAAGGAACCGGUCAAAUCUGGCUUGAUGAUGUGGGCUGUUCAGGAAGUGAAAGGUCUCUAAUUGAGUGUCGGCACGGAGGAUUUGGGACACACAACUGUGGACAUGGUGAGGACGCUGGUGUGGUCUGUUCAGGUGUUCCGAUCAGACUAGCUGGGUCCGGGUCUACUCGGUGCUCUGGAAGAGUUGAAAUCUAUCACAACAACACCUGGGGAACAGUCUGUGAUGACAGCUGGGACUUAAAUGAUGCUGAGGUGGUGUGCAGGGAGCUGGGCUGUGGUGCAGCACUGAGUGUCACUCAGUCGGCCCGAUUUGGUGAAGGAACCGGUCAAAUCUGGCUUGAUGAGGUGGCCUGUUCAGGAAGUGAAAGGUCUCUGACUCACUGUCUUAAUGGAAGUUUUGGGACACACAACUGUGGACAUGGUGAGGAUGCUGGAGUGAUUUGUUCAGAGAGCCUCUCAAAGCCCAGCAUCUCCAUGAAUCCUGCUGGUGAGGUUACCUGGGGUCAGAACAUCAGCAUCACUUGGUCGAUCUUAAUUCAGGUUAAUUUAGACGGAACAUUCCUCCUGCAGCAGACCUCAGGCUCAUUCAGAAAGAACCAAACAUCAAGUAUCAACUCUGCUACCUUCAUUAUACCUAAAGUGAACUUUGAUAACGAAGGAUCGUACCAGUGUCAGUAUCAGACAAGUGUUUCAAGACGAGACUUCAGCUCCCCUUUAAGUGACUCUGUCAGACUCUCUGUUACUGGUGUUCCAAUCAGACUAACUGGGUCCGGGUCUACUCAGUGCUCUGGAAGAGUUGAAAUCUAUCACAACAACACCUGGGGAACAGUCUGUGAUGACAGCUGGGACUUAAAUGAUGCUGAGGUGGUGUGCAGGGAGCUGGACUGUGGUGCAGCACUGAGUGCCCCUCAGUCGGCCCAUUUUGGUCAAGGAACUGGUCAAAUCUGGCUUGAUGAGGUGGCCUGUUCAGGAAGUGAAAGGUCUCUGACUCAGUGUCAGCAUGGAGGAUUUGGGAAACACAACUGUGGACAUGGUGAGGAUGCUGGCGUGGUCUGUUCAGAUGGUCAGAUCAGACUAGCUGGGUCCGGGUCUACUCGGUGCUCUGGAAGAGUUGAAAUUUAUUACAACAACGCCUGGGGAACAGUCUGUGAUGACAGCUGGGACUUAAAUGAUGCUGAGGUGGUGUGCAGGGAGCUGAACUGUGGUGGAGCACUGAGUGCCCCUCAGUCUUCUCAUUUUGGUCAAGGAACUGGUCAAAUCUGGCUUGAUGAGGUGGCCUGUUCAGGAAGUGAAAUGUCUCUAACUGAGUGUCGGCACAGAGGAUUUGGGUCACACGACUGUAACCAUGGUGAGGAUGCUGGUGUCAUCUGUUCAGGUGUUCUGAUCAGACUAGCUGGGUCCGGGUCUACUCGGUGCUCCGGAAGAGUUGAAAUCUAUCACAACAAAGCCUGGGGAACAGUCUGUGAUGACGACUGGGACUUAAAUGAUGCUGAGGUGGUGUGCAGGGAGCUGGACUGUGGUGCAGCACUGAGUGCCCCUCAGUCGGCUCAUUUUGGUGAAGGAACCGGUCAAAUCUGGCUUGAUGAUGUGGCCUGUUCAGGAAGUGAAAGGUCUCUGACUCAGUGUCGGCAUGGAGGAUUUGGGAAACACAACUGUGGACAUAGUGAGGAUGCUGGAGUGGUCUGUUCAGAGAGCCUCUCAAAGCCCAGCAUCUCCAUGAAUCCUGCUGGUCAGGUUACCUGGGGUCAGGACGUCAGCAUCACUUGUUCCAUCUCAACUCAGCAUUUAGGUGGAACAUUCCUCCUGCAGCAGACCUCAGGCUCAUUCAGAAAGACCCAAACAUCAAGUACCAACUCUGCUACCUUCAUUAUACCUAAAGUGAACUUUGAUAACGAAGGAUCGUACCAGUGUCAGUAUCAGACAAGUGUUUCAAGUCGAGACUUCAGCUCCCCUUUAAGUGACUCUGUCGGACUCUCUGUUACUGUGAGACUUCCAAAGCCCAGCAUCUCCAUGAAUCCUGCUGGUGAGGUUACCUGGGGUCAGGACAUCAGUGUUACUUGUUCCAUCUCAACUCAGCAUUUAGGUGGAACGUUCAUCCUGAUGAAAACCUCCAGCUCCUUCAGAACAACCCAAACAUCAAGUACCAACUCUGCUACCUUCAGCAUCUUGCAAGUUGAUUUUGCCAACGCAGGAUUGUACCAGUGUCAAUAUCAGACAAGUGUUUCAAGACGAGACUUCAGCUCCCCUUUAAGUGACUCUGUCAGACUCUCUGUUACUGUGAGACUGCAGCCGCCCAGCAUCUCCCUGACGUCUCCUAACAGAGGUUCAGAGGUCACCAGGGGUGACAGCUUUGUCUUCACCUGCUCCAUUUCCUCCCACUAUCCCACUGGUGUUUUCUUCCUCAUCUUCUCUGGCUCCAACAUCACUGACCCCAAGCCAGCAGUCAACCACUCAGCCUCCUUUAACUUCCCUGCUGCUGAGUACGAACACCAGGGCAACUACAGCUGUGUGUAUGAAGUCACAUGGUCUACACGGAAAUACACUUCUCCCAUGGCUGCACCAGUUAGUGUCCUCAUCAAAAUGCCUUUGUUGCCGCUGGUCUCCUCAGUAGCAGGUGGGGGUCUGCUGCUGCUCCUGCUGGUCUUGGUGGUGGUCUGUCUGGUUGUCAGGAGAAGACGGCGAGCCAAGCAGCCUGGAAACAUCUUCCAAACUCAAUUGUCUGUCAGAGGCAGUAACAAUUAUGAAUAUGACGAGGAUUAUGAUGACGAGGAGGAGGACUAUGUGAAUGUUGACCCAGUAUACACCAAGGGGAAACUCAAAGAGGAAGCAGGGAGAGGGGAAAAAGAGGAGAGUGAUGAAGAUCAUGAUUAUGAGGAAGCUGGCCCCGAUGCAAAUUAUGUAAAGGCCACAGCGGUCUGUUUCCACGUGAAGGACAACAGAGAAGAAGAACAAGCAGAAGAAAAAGAAGAAGAAAGCGGUGAUGAUGAUCAUGAUUAUGAGUCACCAGAGAGUGAUGAAUAUCAUGAUUAUGAGGAAGCGGGCCCCGAUGUGAAUUCUCUAAAGGCCACAGUGUUCUGUUUCUGUGUAAAGGAUAACAGAGAAGAAGAACAACAAGCAGAAGAAGAAGAAAGCAGUGAUGAUGAAGAUGACUAUGUAAAUGUAACCCAGCCAUUUGUUGAACAAACAGUGGACAUUUAUGGGGAAAAUGAGGAUUUAAAUAUGGCAUAAUGUAAAUGUAGGAAUAGAACACCUAAAGGAUCAGUCAGUUGGUUUCUAGAUUCUUAGGUUUGGCAUUUACCUACAUUAACUACCAUCCACUGCUAUAGAUCUAAUUUGUUUAUAAUAUUUUAAUAAAUUAGAUGAGUCAAAAAACAA